AUGAAUACCGUCUAUCAGUUUUCUUCUUCUCUAUCAAUCUGUUUCUUUUGCUGUCUUCCUCUAUCGAUCUGGUUUUCUAUUUUCUAUAUUCUUCCAUCCGUUUGCACAUUCAUUUCGUACAAAUCUUAUUUGAUUCAUCCUUUUUUUCUUCUUGGCAAUCGCUUUCUUGUAUUAUUCCUGUUUUUUUGGUAUUCUUUUUCCGCUUCUUCUUCUUUUGUUUCUUCUACUUUUUCCUUCUUUUUCUUCUUUUUCCGCUUCUUCUUCUUCUUUUGUUUCUUCUUCUUCUUUUCCGCUUCUUCUUCUUCUUCUUCUUCUUCUUCUUUUGUUUCUGAUUUUUUCUUUUUCCUUCUUUUACUUCCUUUUCCACUUCUUUUCUUCUUCUUUUGUUUCUUCUUCUUCUUUUUCCGCUUCUUCUUCUUCUUCCUCUUCUCUUGUUUCUUCUUCUUCCUUUUCCUUUUUGUUCUUCUUUUUCUGCUUCUUCUUCUUCUUUUGUUUCUGCUUCUUCGUUUUCCUUCUUUUUCUUCUUUUUCCGCUUCUUCUUCUUCUUCUUCUUCUUCUUCUUCUCCCACUACUUCUUCUUUUGUUUCUGAUUUUUUCUUUUUCCUUCUUUUCCUUCUUUUUCCGCUUCUUCUUCUUCUUUUGUUUCUUCUUCUUCUUUUGUUUCUUCUUCUUCUUUUUCCUUCUUGUUCUUUUUCCGCUUCUUCUUCUUCUUCUUCCUCUUCUCUUGUUUCUUUUUCUUUUUUUUCCGCUUCUUCUUCUUCUUUUGUUUCUGCUUCUUCUUUUUCUUCUUCUCCCGCUACUUCUUCUUUUGUUUCUGUUUUUUUUUACUUUUUCCUUCUUUUCCUUCUUUUUCCGCUUCUUCUUCUUCUUCUUCUUUUGUUUCUUCUUCUUCUUUUUCCUUCUUUUUCCGCUUCUUCUUCUUGGCUAUGGAUUCGCCACAAAGAUUCUUUAUUAAACUCUCUCGUUUCACUCAAAUUACUUUUCUUUCUCCUUUCUCUAUUUUCCUCACGUAUCUGCCUCUCUCUCUCUCUCUAA